CCUUGGCUCGCACUGGCUACGAAGUCGGCGAGCUCUGCUUCUUGCUUGCGAUGAAGUAGAGCAGGGGACGAGUACCUGGAAUCUAGCAAGAUUGCAAUUUUGAAAUGCGGAUAGCCUGUUUGAUGGACAUUUUGUGAGAGAGCUUGCAUCCUACUCUCAAGACUGAAACCGCAGCGCGCCAACUAACGCGUACGGACUUGCACGUCCAAGUUGUUACACAAUUUACAGAUAUUGUUUUCCUUAAUUACAUAGUUCAUAUUUUCCAUUUUUUUUAUGUAGCUCACACAGUUUUAUUGCAUAGGAUUGGUCACAUCGGAUCUGAAUGGUUUUUGACGUAUUUGACCAAGCGAAAGUGGAUUCUCUGUAUUGUGGAUCAAAGUCGCCAAAUAGCACGUCGACCAACAACAUGGAUGUUUUGGCGAAUUACAGUAUUUUCCAGGAACUCCAGCUUGUCCACGACACUGGCUACUUCUCUGCGAUGCCGUCCUUGGAGGAGAAUUGGCAGCAGACUUGCCUGGAGCUGGAGCGCUACCUGCAGACGGAACCCAAGCGUCUCUCGGAGCUCUUCGACGAGGAGCUGGACAGCCUGCUCACCCCGUCCUUCUCCAAGUCCGACAGCGAGGAGGAGCUGAGCGACCCGCUGCUGCCCGGUCUUGGCGAGCCACCCAGCCCCCCUCCGCCACUCCUCAGCCCGCCUCGAGAGCGGGAGCACCCGUCGCCGCCGUCCGGCACCCAGAGCCCGGACCCUCGAGCGGCGGCGGUGGCCGGUUCCGGUUCCGGUUCCGGAGGGGUCAACGCGGCGCAGCUGAGCGCGGUCACCUCCCUGACGCCGCCCUCCUCCCCGGAGCUGGGCCGGCACCUGGUCAAGCCGGCGGCCGCGCAGACCCUCAGCGCCUCGGCCGACGGCACGCUCACGCUCAAGCUGGUGGCGCGCAAGGUGGGCCUCAGCGCCGCCAAGCUGGUGGCCGCCCACGCGCUGCCUCUGGCCCACGCCCGGCUGGGGUCCGGCGGAGGCGGCGGCGGCGACGACGGGGGCGAGGCGGGCGCGUGCCCGGGGUCCGGAGGUGGCACGGCCACUGGAGGAGGGGAGGUGCCCGAGAACAAGAAGAGGGUGCACCGCUGCCAGUUCAACGGCUGCCGGAAGGUUUACACCAAGAGCUCCCAUCUGAAGGCGCACCAAAGGACACACACAGGUGAGAAGCCGUACAAGUGUUCAUGGGAAGGCUGCGAGUGGCGCUUUGCCCGGAGCGACGAGCUGACGCGACACUACCGCAAACACACCGGCGCCAAGCCCUUCAAGUGCAACCACUGCGACAGGUGUUUCUCGCGAUCGGACCACUUGGCACUACACAUGAAGAGGCACAUCUGAGGACGGAGAAGAAGAACGGGGAGAAAGAGUGAGAGGACAAGGAGAAAAGAAGAGACGAGAGAGAGGAGAGAGGAAGAUUAAGACUGUAAGAGAGAAAGAGAGAGAAAGAGAGAGAGAGAGAGAGAGAGAGAGGUGUGACUUAUCAAAUGAACAAUGACCCUGGCCCCAUCUUGAGAGAAAACAAAAAGACCUAACGACAAAAACUGAAACACAUUCUUUGAUUUUGGGGUUUCAAACGCCCCCCAAAAAAGACUGAAAACACGAGAACUGCUAACUGAUCAUCUGCUCACGAAACAAAUACUAAUCAGCUG